GGCGCCGCAGCCAGGGCAGCCGCAGCUAAAGAAAGGGAGUUUUGUCCUCGCUGCUGCUGCUGCGGCCGGCCUCGGAGCAAAGCGACCAUGGCCGCAGCUUGCCUCAGGCCGAAGGCGGGCUGCGAAGCGCGAAAGGCAACUACGGCCGCAGGAGGAGCAAACGCCCAGCAGUGACCAACCCUCCUUCUCCUAACGUCCAGGCCGCGCGUCCUCCGGCGUCGCGGGGGUGGGGAGCUCACGCUCCGCUUCGCUUUGCCGUCGCCGCUCGCUUUCCCCGCGGCAGCGGAGGCGGUUACUAGCACCAUGUGGGGGAGGCUUCUCUCCGAGAUCGGGCAAAACGGGGACUACCGGAUAGGCCCAGAAUGUUCUUCAUCAGGAUGGUUUUCGGGUACUGAUUCUCUGUGGCAAGCCACGGCAGGUCCAGCCAGCCGUCAAAGUAUUCAUAUCAGAAGACACAGCAUAGCUUCUGACAGUGGAGACACAGGUGUUGGAACUUCCUGUUCUGAUAGUGUGGAAGAUCAUUCCACAUCAAGUGGUACUUCCUCGUUUAAGCCCAGCCGCUCGUUGGUCUCAAUUCCCACUGCCCAUGUAAUGCCAUCUCAUAUCAACACUUCACUUUCAAAACAUAGGGAUCCUCUCAAGUCUAACUCUGCAAAGUGGAGCACAAACCUUUUGAGAUCUGCUCAAAGCAGGCAUCAGGGCAUGUUGGACAGCUCUCUUGAUAUGAAAGAUUUGAGGCCUGUAAGGAAGUGGUCAUCGUUGUCUAAACUCAGCACACCUCUUAGUUGUAACCAGGAUGGGAAUGUUUAUUCAGCAGAAUGCAGGACCAACUUGGAUAUAAAUGGAAGAGACAAGACUGCUUCACCACAAUUAAGAACAAAUGGGUCAAAUUGCUUGUACAGGAGUAUGGAACUAUUAAAGUCUGAGGACAGAGAAAAUGAGAAGAAAAAGAAUUCUACUUUGAACUGCAAAUACAAAUUUGAAAGUUGCAGCAAAGAAGAUUGGGGGGUUCCUGAUGUCUCAAACAGGAGACAUGCCUUAGAUAUGACCUAUAGUGCCUUACCUGAAAGCAAGCCUGCUCCAUUAAACUCUGAAGCUUUUCAUCAAGAAUAUAUAACUUUGGAACCACAAGCUGCAGUCCCAUCCCAGGUUUCCAUUCAAUCUUCUGAAAGGACUCAGAGGUGGCUUACAGAACAAUUUCGUACAAAUCCUCCAGAAUCCAGGCCUUCUGAGGAGUCAUACAGCUUAACUCCUUGGCAGUUACAGCAACUUGAAGAGCUUAGAACAGGAAGUGAACACACUCUUCAGGUUCUGGGUGGAUCGUACCAUCAAAGUUAUCCAGCUACAAACUUUCAGGACUAUAAUAAUUGGGAGUCCCUGAUGAGAAUUAAAGAAGGGCUGUUAAGGCAAAAAGAAAUUGUGAUUGAUAGAUCCUGUGACUUCUCAGUUACAUACGAGAGAACUGGCAUCAAAUUGAAAGAGAGCAAGGGAAAGUUCCAUUGCAAGAGUGGAUAUCCACUCACACAUAGUUGGACUUUUUCCACUACUCUAAAUCUGGCUUCAUCAGAGAUUUAUAUCAAUGAACCUCAGUAUGAGAAACCAUCAAUGCCAGCUCAAUUUACAGACAGAUCUUUGACCCAAUGUGAAAGGGAGCAAGUUAAGCUUGCAUCAGUACCAAAUAAGGAGAUGCAACUCAGUGAGUUUUUGAAAGAAAUAGUAAACAAAUCCAAUGAAGAUAAAAAGAAAAUGGAAGAGAAGCUCAGAACCCGAGACAGGUACAUAAGUAGCCUAAAAAAGAAAUGCCAGAAAGAAUUCGAACAAAAUAAAGAGAAACAGAGGCGAAUCGAAACACUUGAAAAAUACCUAGCUGAUUUGCCAACACUGGAUGAUGUUGAGAAGCAAAGUAAAGAGCUACUUGGUCUUGAAGAAAAAUAUAAGCAACUGAAAGCUGCUAUGGUUAAGUUAGAAAAGGAACUGGAUGAAUCUGAGACACAGUGUAAAGAAAAAGAAUUGCAGCUUGUGUGCCAGAAGAAGAAAGAAAAUGAAUUGAUAGUUGCAGUGCAAAGCUUGCAACAGAAAGUAGAAAAAUGCCUGGAAGAUGGGGUCCGUCUUCCUAUGUUAGAUGCAAAACAGCUUCAGAGUGAAAAUGAAAGCCUCAAAGAAAAAAAUGAGGAGGCUAAUAAGGUCAUAGACAAUCAACAAAAUCAGAUCACCGAGAUAUCUUUAGAGAUACAGUCUAUGCAAGAAAAGAUUUUAGAAGGAAAUCUGACAAUUCAGAAACAAAAAAAUGAACUUGAAGAGAAGGAUAAAAGUGUACAGCAGUUGAAGGAGGUACUUCUUGAAAACCAAAGAUUUAUGGAAGAAAAUGCAAGUUUAAGAGAACAGAUUCAUCAGAUGGAACAGUCCAGACGACCAGUAGCUGAAAAAUUACCUGUGGCAAAUCAGUUGUUCAUAGAGAUGUCUCACUGUCUGUUUGACUUGAAAGCACUUUGCAGUAUUCUUACUCACAGAGCUCAGGGCAAAGAACCUAACCUGUCCUUGCUGCUUGGAAUCCAAUCAAUGAACUGUUCCUCUGAAGAUGAGAAGCACCAUAGCACAGAAAGUCUCUCUAAGAAGCUCUCAGAGGUUUGUCAGUUACGGAAAGAUAUUGAUGAACUGAGGACUAUAAUUUCAGACUGCUAUGCUCAGGACAUGGGAGAAAAUUGCAUUACACAGUGAUGACAUCUUGGCCUCACACUUACAACUAAGUUAUUAAAUGCUGCUCUGGUUUUAAUUCCUCAUGUUUCUGUUACAAACAAUACUGGAAAGCAAAUGCUGUGCCAGGUGAAAAGGCUUCAUGCAUAGUUCAUGCAGAUAAUACACUCUUCUUUCAAAGAGAUUUUGUGCUACAAGAAAAAAAAUCCAAUUUCUUUAAAACUACUGAAUGUAGGUCAAAGCUGUGAAUAAUGUUCUUUUGAAAAUGGUUUUUAUUUCUUUUGUUACGCUGAUAAAAGAAAAGACAGAGUUUUCUGGAGUAAAAACAGAAGAGGGCACUAUAACAGUGGUUCAGCAAGCUUUAGGAUAGAAGAUCAGACCCGAGAAUCUUCAUGACAAAAGCAGUUGGAUAUGCUUGGUUAUUUGAAGGUCAGAUAUUAGAACGGUGGAUGAAGAUACAGAGUCAUAACAAAGAUUUUUUUGAAUCCAGGGAGUACUGAUGGUUUGGGCCACACAAAAAAGAAAAUAUAGAUAAAAAUUAUAUGCUCUUUAAAGGUUGCAUUCCCAGUUUGAUUAUUGUUUUAUUCUGCAGUUCUUGUGUAAUGCAAAGGGACAAAAAGAUGAAAAAACAUUCACAUUUCAGAGAAGGAAGGGAUUCAGCCUUAGAAUUUAGUCACCAACUAUUAAGCUCUUUUGCAUUAAUUAGGCUGGGCAAAAAUGGUUUUGAUAAAAGAUUUUUAAAAAAAAUCAAAAACAUUUAAGUGUAAUAUCUUCAUAACAAUAUAUAUUUACUCUUUGUUUGAAAUUUCGGCAAAGUAGUAUCCACUGAAUGUGAAUGUUUGAAUUCCAGCACACAGAAAAAUAGAAAGCCUUAAAGAAACCUGAUUUCUUCUGGCGACCUGAAACAGCAGAUUUUGAUGAAUAAUUAAUAGAGUUGCUUCAAAAUUAUAUCACAACUGGCAUAAAAACCUUAUGUGAGAACAGAGUUCUUGACUAUUCAGGCAAAUAUGCUUAAGUUCCUCUUAUUGCCAGAAGAGGACUUGGAUGAAUUCAGCAGUGCCAGCCUUCAUAGAUGCAGUGUUAAAAUGCCUGAAUGAAAGGUAUGCCACUUUGUAAUCCAGGUUUAUAUAUUUUGCUGUGUUAAAAUUUAUGUGCCGUUUGUCAAGACAAGCCUGAUGUCACUUUAUUAUGACAAUCUAUUCUAAAAUCUACAAAAAACACCACCUUUGAAAAAAGGAAACUAACUAAAUACAGUGCAUGAUGCUCAUAGAUGCCAUGAGGCUCAUAACUUCAGUCUUGCCAAAAGUUGAUGUUUAAAGAGCAAGAAAUGGAUUAUUAUUCUCAAUUUCUUACAUUAAUAUUUUUCCUUAAACAAUUUUUAAACCAUAAUUUUAUAUUGAUAUUUUCACAUUUUGUGUGAUUCAAAUU